AUUUUACAAGAGCUCUUCUGUUAAUAAAGUAUAACUAUAUAAUAUAGUAAUGGAGUCACACACGGCGAAUACUGUGUUUCAGUCUUCAGUGUAUCGCAGCCGCUAACAGCGUAAAAGAACAGUGGGUGUAAUCUACACACACAAAAAAAUGUCUAACAAAUAUAUGCACCUCAAAAACACUUUCAGGAAAACGUUUUAUAUUUCCAAUUCUCAAGCGGUGAAAUGGUAUCCAGGUCAUAUGCAAAAAGGUUUAUUUCAAAUCCAAGCCAAGUUGCAAAAGGUGGAUUGUAUUAUUGAAAUUCAUGAUGCUAGAGUUCCAUUUUCGGGAAGAAAUAAUCGAUUCAGAGAUAUAAUUAAGAUGAGGCCACAUAUUUUAUUAUUAAAUAAAAUUGAUCUCACCGACCUUCAAGACAAUAAUAAAAAAAGAGAGAAAAUAAUGACACAAUUACAAAAAGAUGGAGUUGAUACUACCUAUUUCACAAACUUGAGGAAUAACCAAAAUGAACAUUUUUUACAAAGUACAAUUUUACCUUCUGCUAAAGAACUAAUUGGACAGAGACCAAGAUAUAAUAGAGAGGGAGCUGAGGAUUUCAAUUUUCUUGUUAUUGGAUUACCUAAUGUUGGUAAAUCAACGUUUAUCAAUUCACUACGUUCAACUCAGUUGACGACUAAAGGAAAGGCUACAACUGUUGGAGCCAUUGCUGGUAUUACAAGAAGUGUUUUAAAUAAAAUAAAAGUUAGUACCCAUCCUAAUGUUUAUAUUAUUGAUACCCCAGGUAUAAUGCCUCCAAAAGUAGAGAAUAUAGAAACAGGAAUGAAACUUGCUGCCUGCUCCUCUGUACCAGAUCAUAUUAUUGGAGAAGUACAUAUUGCUGAUUAUAUUUUAUAUUGGCUAAAUAAACAUGAACAUUUUAGUUAUGUGGACUACUUUCAACUUGAUGCGCCAAUAGAUAAUGUGUUACAGGUGUUAGCAAAUAUUGCUGUUAAAAAUAGAAAAGUUUCUCAUAUUAAGGAUAUGUCAACUAACCAGCUUGUUUAUCGUCCUAACAUCCAAAUGGCUGCCACCAUGUUUAUCAAAGCUUUUCGGGAAGGACACUUGGGAAGGUUUACUUUGGAUACAAUAAUUUAAUCCCUUUACAAUGUCAAUACUGUUGUAACAUAUUGUUUUCAGAAUUUCUUCAUUUAUUUAUGCACUUGUUAAAUUUUAAAAAAUGUAAUGCCACAUGAAGAUACAUGAAAUAAAAUACUAGCUAUUUACCGGUACUUUUUAUUAGUAGUUUAUGUUCACUUUAGUCACUAUAGACCCAUCACCUAUGCACCUGCAAAGAUGAAGCGACAUCUAAGGCAAGUCUGAAACCUGGAUACCUACACACCCUAAUAAAAUAUUGUACUGGGCAUUUAUAUAUGUAAUUGUUUUUAUGCCUCAGUUUUUUGGUUUAUAUUUGAGUGUAACGGUAUUGGAAAAGUUAAAAUCUUAUGACAUUGUCCUAAGUUUCUUGAAUCUUUAGUUAAAGACUUGGACUUGGUACUAUGAUGAUUGUGUCGAUGCCCUAUAUAUUUGGCGUUUCUCAGCUGAAUGAACAAGUUUUCCUGAUUAGGAAUUGGUUCUGCAUGAAACCAGUUUAUUCCAGUUUUUUCUAUAAUCAAUGUAGAACUGAGUGGAUCCAUCUUUUUUUCUUCAUUAAUAAAAUAGCUGAGGAAAUGGAGAGGAUGACUUUUCUAUAAUGCCUUCUUUUUCCAUCUGACAAACUUUCUUUAUGAUUGUCUUUUUGGAUAAAAAUAUUAUAGGGUAUGGUCUAAGACUGUAUCGAAAGAAAUUUCAUAGAAGGAAAAUUGAUUGACGGAAAUUCGAUGGAACGGAAAUUUGGUAGAAUCAUUUUUUCAGUUCACACAUUAAAAUUUUGCUUCAAAUUUCUUUUUGAACGCAUUAUUUUGUUUUACUAUAGUAUAGUGCGUUCAAAAAGAAAUUUGAUGCAAAUUUUAGGGUGUGAACUGAAAAAAAUUAUUCGAUCAAUUUCCGUAGAAGAAUUUCUUUCGAUCAAAUUUCCGGUAACUGUCCAAGACAGAUGGGUUUGUUUGUGGUUACCUCAAUGGAAUGAGUAAUUAGCGAUUUUUUUUACCCGGUAUGUUGGUAAUUGUGUCUGUGUAUUUAUGUAAUAUAUAUUCUGUCUCUACUUUUUGUCUUUCAUACUAAGUGAGGUCUGGAUUGAUCCUUACAUCUUUAAUAGUCUCAGUUAUCUCUAUGGUUUGGGUAGUCACUGCAUUUAUACUACUAUGAUGACGGCAUCAAGAGUCAUCAACAUCCAUCCAUCCAUCCCUGUGGCGCUACAGCCCAUGUAGGGCUUUGGCCUGCCUCACCACUUCCUUCCACUCAGACCUAACUAAUGCAUUUUUUUUCCAUGCUUGGACUUUCAGCUGCUGUAGAUCUUUUUCCACAUCAUCCAUCCACCUAAGCCUAGGUCUGCCUUUGAGCCUUUUUCCUCUGGGGUAUUGGUGAUGCACCCUCUUCGUUCCUCUGUCAUUUGGCAUUCUCUCUAAGUGUCCUGCCCAGCGUAGCCUGCCUCUUUUUAUUUCUGCUACUAUCGUGGGAUCCUGAUAGAGACUGUAUAAUUCAUGGUUGGUUCGUAUUCUCCAUCCAUAUUCAUCCUUUGUUGGCCCAUAUAUUUUCAUGAGAACUUUCCUCUCCCAUGUGUUUAAUAGGUUUUCUGCGUUUUUGUUAGGGUCCAAGUUUCACUUGCAUAUGUUACAACUGGUCUGAUUACAGUUUUAUAGUUUUCUUUGUUUCUCUUGUAAUGUUUUUACUUUUGAGUAUUUUCUGACUACUGAAGUAUGCCCUGUUUCCAGCUUAUAUUCUUUCUUUUAUUUCUGUUAGUAAUUCAUUUCUUUCAUUUAGCAAAGAUCCUAGGUA